AUGUCCUUCUGUUUGAAAUAUCUGAAGUAUCCAACGUCUCCGAAUAGCAUAUGCAAUUCAAUUCCUACCUGGAAUGAUGGCUGGUAUGGCAACACUAAAACUCAACUUUAUAGAAAUUCAAAGAAUGGAGUGAUUCCGAAGUUUAGGAAUGAAGCCCUGGUCACCUACUUCUUCCUGAUUGCUGGCGCAUUCUUGACUGUAGUUUCCUACUAUUUCAAUAUCGCAAUUCAAAUCGCUGCAUUAUGCCUAUUCGUGUCAUAUGCCACUUCGAUUCUUGUCAUUUCACUGGACAAGUUUUAUUUGCUGUAUAAUGCGAUAAGUGAUCUCUACGCUGGCAUCAACCCAUAUCUUCUAUGGAUAUUCUCAGAUUCUCUCCGAAAGUAUAUUUUGAUUCGAAUUGGAUUCAGAAAAAAGAAAAAGGGACCAAGUUCUUCAGUUCUUACUGUGGUUGUACAUUGA